GUGAUACUUAAAGGAUUAGAAAAUGUUGAAAGUGCAAAUAAAAGUUGGUUUGAAGAGGCUAAAUCACAUUUAACUAUAGGUAAUAAAUACCCAGUGAUUGUCCAAUGUUUUGGUUUAACACAAAACAUAUCAAAUGGAAAUUAUAUGCUUGUAAUGAGUAUUAGGGAUGUAAAUUUAAGAGAAUAUUUACAACAAAAUUAUAAUAAACUUACAUGGAAAGAAAAUAUCAAUAUUACUUUUGAAAUAGUUAGGGCACUUUAUUUUAUUCAUAAGGAAAAUGCAAUUCAUAGAGAUUUACAUUCAGGAAAUAUAUUGUUUUCAAAAUUUAAUAAUGGUUGGAAUAUUAGUGAUCUUGGAUUCUGUGGACCUGCUGAUAAAUCAUCAAAAUGUAUAUAUGGAAAUCUUCCUUACAUAGCACCAGAAGUUAUUAAUGGAAAAGAAUAUACUUUUAAAUCUGAUAUUUAUAGUAUUGCAAUGCUUAUGUGGGAAAUUUCAUCUGGACAACUACCAUUUAUUAAUCACGAACAUGAUUAUAAUCUUGUAAUGAAUAUUAUUAAUGGUAUUAGACCAAAAAUUGUGUUAGGAACUCCUGUAGAAUAUAAAAAUUUAAUGAAAGAAUGUUGGGAUGCUGAUCCAUCAAAAAGACCUGAUAUCAAGACACUUGCAUUUAAAAUACAAGAAAUGAAUUUAUAUUAUCAAAAUAUGACGGAUGAAUCAUUUCAAUCAGAAAUAGAUAGGAAUUUAGAACUAGAUAUAACAAAUAGUAGUACGGACAGUAUAUUAUUUACAAGUAAAAUUCAUCAAUUUGAAAAUCUACCAGAACCAAGAAAUGCAACAGAAGAGGAAUUAGAAGCAUUUCAUAGUAGAUCAUAUGACUUUAAUAUUCCAAAUAAUAUUGAUGAUUUUAAUAAAUCAAGCAACAAGAAUGAUGAUAGUAUGAUGUCAAAUAUAAAUAGUAAAACCAAUAGUGACAAAUUGUCCAAAGUAUUUAGAAAACUACAAAUAAAUGAUGAAACAAUGCAACAAACAAAAGAGCCUAAUAUUGUUAAUUAUAAUGAUGAAGAUGAAAUAUAUAAUAACCCAAAUCUUCAUUCUGAAGUACAAAAUGAAUUGGAAAUCCCUGAUGAUAUUUAAGAUAAAAUGGAAUUAGAUUUUUUCAUAAACUUCAAUUUUUAUAUAACUAGCUUUUUAUAAAUUAUUAUAAAUAUUGUAUUCUUAUAUUUUAAAUUAUUUAAACACUAAGACUAAAGUAGCAAGG